AUGCUGCAGUCCAGGACGAUUUCGGCACCAAUUCCUGUACCGGGUACACAACAAGAACCCACAACACCCUCUCUCGGCUCAACAACAAGCUCGACCUUCAUCCAUCUCAACAGCAAAAACAGUAGCGACUUGCUUAAAAACAACAGUAGCAGCGGCGCUCGGAUCGCCACCACCAUCGGCACAUCCACCCCCGUAGGCCUCGGCGUCGACAUUGGCAGCAACAACAGCCAUCUGAGUAGUAACAGCAGCAACGCGAGUAAAGAUGGCGGCAAGGACGGCGGAAAGGAUAGCAAAAACAACAACAACAACUACAGCUACAGCAACCCAAGAAGCCUGCGUCGGUUCUCGAGUAUCGGCAACACCAAGAAGCUCCACCUCGAGAACUCGACCCUUCGUUCGAAAAUCACGGAACUCGAACGGUACGUCCAAGGCCUCAAGGAGGAACUCAUCCUGGCCCAUCGACAGAUCCAAGCCAAGAACUUGGAGGCCAAGACCUCACAGGAGCGAAAGGCGGUCGAGAUCCAUGAGUUGGGGCAGCAUAUCCAGCGGUGUGAGUCUGAUUUGUUGGCAAAGACGGCCGAGUGUGAGGCGUUGCAGAAUAAGCUGCAGUACCAGACCAAGGAGCAGGUUUCAAAGUUGAAGCAUAUUAAUAUGUUGGAGACAGAGAUUAUGGAUUAUCGACGGAUGUCGGUCAUGAGUGGGCAUGGGCCUGCUUCUGCGACGGGGACGGGACCGGGGACGACUGGGCUAGGGGGGAUGAUGGCGGCGAGAGGGGGCAGUGUGUUGAUCAGGAAUAGCAGGAACUCGUCGGAUUCGACGGAGAGUGUUCGGUCGUCGACGGUUCUUCAGGAUAGUGCGGCGAUGGUUGAGGAGGCGACAGCAGUUCUGCAGGCUCAGAUCAAGCAGCUCAAAGACGAGCACUGGAAAAAGGAUGAGCAGAUCAAGGAGAUGUCGGAAAAGAUCCAGUCCUUAGCUGAUAGUGUCGCCCAGCUCGAGAAGGCCACCUCUGCUGCUGCUGAUGUUGUGAAGGAGGAGGAUGCGAAGACGAUUAUGACACCGACAACAUCGACGACAGAUAAGAACAACAUCGUCUCCGUCUCCACCUCAAACGCUAGCUUCAACACCGCCAUCUCCGGAGGAGUCGGAGCCACCAGCAGCAGUGCCUCUCACUCUUCCUCGUCUAUCUCGAUUGUCAACAGUGUCGGGUAUAAUCUGGCGGUCGAGCACCCCAAACUCCUUUCGCGUUACCAAGCUCUCCGUGCCCUGCAUGCCCAAGCCUCAGAGUACCUUGAUCAACUCGAGACUGAGAACCAGGACUUGAAGGUUCAACUCCUUGAUGUCUCUGAGAGUGUUGUCGACGCUGCUGAGGAGACUUUGGAUGUCGCCACACCGAAUGUCGGGAGCCUCAGGCCUAUCGUCACCUUCUUCGCAUCUCUGCCAACUACCAAGGAGGAAGAGGAAGUUGAAGAAGUCGAGGAGGCCUCCACACCAACCGUCCCCGAAACUGCUCCUGCGGUCGUCACAGCUAUCGCGCUCUCCAUCUCCCGCAACUCGCUCCAUCACCCAGCCGCCUCAAACCUGGCCCCCCUCGACACCAUCGCCGCCAACGCCAAUGCUGAGACAACCAAUGAGCACGCUGCCACCUCUGCAACCUCCAGCAAUGACGAUGAAGGAUCGCCCCCAACCUCGGCAGCAACAUCUUCCGGUUCCCCCUCAACAGUCGUUGCAGCCCCAGCCUUGACCCGCAAGUCCUCCCUCCGCUACCCACGUGAUGGGCAGGUGUCGCCUACCCUCCACGCCGUCUCUACCCUCAACACGCCUUGA